CACGAGUUACAACAGAACACAGAGACUGUAGAAGGGAGACUCGUCUCUCUUUGUCUAGUAGUCAGAGAACUACAGUCUAGAACCAGAACCAGAGCCUAGCUGGGUUGUGAUGUGGACCCAAGGGGAAGACACCAACGCUGCAGCAUCUGGUGGAGAAAGCAGUUGCUCCUCUGAAGAUGAAGGAGACAUUCAGUGUGAGAUUCUGGAGAAGCAGAGGGAUGAAGCCAAUCAGAAGCUAUCUGAGAUGGAGGAAGUGUCCUCUCAGCUGUUGAAGGAGAUGGAAGUUCUGGAGAUGCAGUUCCAGAUUGAACGCUCCUGCAGGGAGAAUGCAGAGGCCCUGGCUGUCAAGGUGACCAAAGACAACAAGGUUCUGAAGAGGAGGAGCCAGGCUCUGCUGCCAUUCAUCCCAGAGCUUCCUGAAAACCUGGAGGCUGACCUUGGGGUCGAUCCCGACCCUGAUGGGGACAGCGGGGAGGAUGCUGUGCUGCAAGGACAGGCCCAGAUAAGAGAACUGCAGGCCUCGGUGGACCAGCUGCUGGGGGAGAAGCUGCGGCUGUGUGAGCAGGUGGAGGCCCUGAGGGCAGAGCAAAACCAGCUCAAAGAACAGCUGGCCCUAGAGAUUGAUGAGAGAGAGGCCAUACUGAAGAAAGUCUCCAAACAGAACAAGACCAUGAAUAAGAUGAAGAGAGUGUCCCAGCUUGUGACAGAGGAGUUCACAGAGAUCAGUCAGAAACUGGAGCUGGAGCAGGGCCUCAGACAGCACGCAGAAGUCUUCGCCCACCAGGUGUUGGUGAAGCAGAAGCAAACCCAGAGACAGAGCAUGGUGCUGCAGCAGAGUUCAGAGACAAGUAUGCAGCUCCAACAGGCUCUGGAACAGGUGGCCCACAUCAACAGUACCUUACAGGACAUACAGCUCUACUACCGAAACCAGGUGAAGCAGACCCAGUGUGCUCUGGAGGAGAGCAGUGUUCUGUCUGAGCUGCAGAUUGUCAGAGGCCAGCUGGAGAGCAGUGAGAAGGAGAGGAGGACCAUGGAGACCCAUCUAAGGGAGGCGCAGAUCACUGCCGCCCACCUCCAGGGAGAAGUGAAACAUCUCCAGGAUAGGCUGAAAGACCAGGUUUCCAAAGCUGACCAACCAGUGGAGGACAACUCAACCACUGCUGCUCCUCCUCCUCCUCCUCCUCCUCCUCCUCCUCCUCCUCCCCCUCCCUUGCCCCCAACUCCCUCCAGCACUGUUGUUGAUCAACUUGUCGUCCUGCGCAACAAGAGGAAGGAGUCCGUCAACAACACUGAUAAGAAUAAGCCAGAUCCUUCUGUGGACAUGAAGACCAAAGCGGUGGAUGAGAUGAUGGAGAGGAUAAAGAAAGGCAUCGUCCUGAGACCCACCCUGAGACCACAGCCUGGAUCAGAAGAUGACAGUGCAUGGAGGGACCAUAGGAGUGAGAAGAGAAAGUCAGCCGUGCUGGAUCUAAAAGGAAUGCUGGAUACCAUGAAACGCCCAGGCCACAGGAGGGCGGGGUCACGGAAGAGGAUAAGCCGAAACGUAGGGGAGGCGGAGCUACAUCUGGUGCUACUGAGGAGGAGGCGGGCCAUGGGGGAUGGACAGGACACCCCCGGACCCUCCCCAACCCCCUCUCCAGCCCCUCCCACCACCAAGAUCCAAGGUCCCCAGCCGGGUGGCCCAGCAGCAGGUGCCCUUCUCUGCGCAGGAGAGCGUGGCAGCACCCCUGUGCUCAGGAGGCUCCAGCAGAACAGAGAGAAGAGGAACUCUCGUAUCAGAUCAUCAGAACUGAUCAUCUGCCAGGAGGAGAUCUGAGCCUUGGGGAAAGGGAUGAUUAGUGUUAGGAUACUGUUCCACAGCGUUUUCCAAACCAGCCAGUCAACUGAUUUGAUGUAUUCCAAGCACAUGUCACGUUCUGACCUUUAUUUCCUUUGUUUUGUCAUUAUUUAGUAUGGUCAGGGCAUGAGUUGGGGUGGGCAGUCUGUUUGUUUUUCUAUGAUUUGGGUAUUUCUAUGUUUCGGCCUAGUAUGGUUCUCAAUCAGAGGCAGGUGUCAUUAGUUGUCUCUGAUUGAGAAUCAUACUUAGGUAGCCUGGGUUUCACUAUGUGUUUGUGGGUGAUUGUUCCUGUCUCUGUGUUUGCACCAGAUAGGGCUGUUUUGGUUUUUCACAUUUAUUGUUUUGUUAGUCUAUUCAUGUUUAGUCUCUUUAUUAAAGAACCAUGAAUAAGAACCACGCUGUGUUUUGGUCCGCCUCUACUUCACCUCAAGAAAACCGUUACAGCACAGCUGACGUAAAUGUCAUCUUACCUUUAAUCAACAAACCCCUCAUUAGUUGAAUCAGCUGGCUAGUUUUGGAAUACAUCAAAUGUCUGGACUUGCUAGGGGUACUGAAGGAGAGGUUUUGGGAACACUGUUGUAACACAAUCAUAUUGAUGCACUGUAUAUUUUAAUAUAUAGAUUUAUAUGGUUAGUGCUGAGCGAUUAGGUCUCUGAGGUCAGUUCGGUUUCUAAAAAAAGAAUCACAUCUUCAAUUUGGGUUUAGCAUUAAAAUAUGUUUACAAUAAAUUAAUUGUUGGUUGAAUGCUUUAACAAAACAGAAUAAAUCAAAUGAUGGUAGUGAUGUCUCAUUACCAUCACUUAUAAGGCUCUAAUCUCAUUUAUUCACAUUACUUUACAUUAAAAAUGUGUUGUGUUUAUUACA